UUUUUUUUUUUUAGAUGCGUUUAACGUUGCACGUACGACACGAAUUCCUCGUUUCAAUCUCCAAAAGUCAAUCUCAUAAUCACAUCUUGCAUUUAAACAGAAUCUAAUCCCCCAUCCAUUUCCUCUUCGUCAAGUCUGGAAUUCAUCGAUCAUAUCGUAAUCCAGAACCCUAGUUUCCCAAAUUUGGCUCCAUUUCGUACUUAAACUUCCGAAGUUUUCACAGAUCUGUUCAAGAUGUGGGAUCAACAACCGUUUCUAAAAAACGACAUCGAGUCGGGAUCAAGUCAGCCGCUAUACCCGAUGAUGUUGGAGUCACCGGAGCUACGGUGGUCGUUUAUUCGUAAGAUAUACUCAAUCGUCGCCAUACAAUUACUCCUCACCGCCGCCGUCGGCGCCCUCGUCGUCACGUAUCAUCCGAUCGUCAUUUUUUUCACCACCACUAACGCCGGAUUAGCUUGUUACCUUCUUCUCAUCAUUGCUCCAUUCAUCACUUUGUGCCCAUUGUCGUACUAUUAUCAGCGUCAUCCCAUCAAUUAUCUUCUUCUUGGGAUCUUCACCAUCACUCUUGCUUUUGCUGUUGGUUUGACAUGUUCCUUCACUAGUGGGAAAGUUAUCUUGGAAGCAGUUAUUUUGACUGCUGUGGUGGUGGUGAGUCUCACCGGAUUCACAUUCUGGGCAGCAAAGAGAGGUUACGACUUCAAUUUCUUGGGGCCAUUUUUGUUUGGUGCUGUUAUGGUGCUUAUCGUAUUUUCCUUCAUUCAGAUUUUCUUUCCUUUGGGGAAGAUUUCAGUGAUGAUAUACGGGGGUUUAUCAGCGAUCGUGUUCUGCGGUUACAUUGUCUAUGAUACUGACAAUCUAAUAAAACGAUACACUUACGAUGAGUAUAUAUGGGCUGCUGUGGCUCUAUACCUUGAUAUCAUCAAUCUUUUCAUUUCAUUGCUUACCAUUUUACGAGCUGCAGACACCUAGAUCAAUCAUGGCGUUCACCAUCUGUUCAUACUUUAAAGGUACCCAUGUAUUAAUCUUUGAAUAGAUUCUUUUCUUGAUUAUUAUAUUUAAUUCUGUUGUUGGUAGGAAGAACAAAAAAAAAAAUGUGUAGGAAGUGACUUUCAUAAUCCAUACUGGUCAUGUAUGUUGUAUGUAGCAACUAGUAUGUAGUACUGUACCUUUUUUUUUUCAGACUUUUGGUUUAAGUGAAAUGAAAUAAAGGAAGGGU